GUGAACGCGUGGAUUUAACUGAUGGAUGAGAAGUCGUAUGUGAACACCAGCACGGGGAACUAAUCAUUAAAAUAAGCAUAAUUUAGCUAGCUACAACAUUUCUUUAUUAUAUCUGCCAAAAAAGAGCAACAAUGAUGAACGGAGAGAUUAACGGUUUUCACAACUCCCUUAUCGACGAGGACUGCUUCCUAUUCACCUCGGAGUCAGUUGGAGAAGGACACCCCGAUAAGAUUUGCGACCAGAUCAGUGAUGCAGUGCUUGACGCCCAUCUCAAGCAGGAUCCUGAUGCUAAAGUUGCUUGUGAGACUGUUGCUAAGACUGGGAUGAUCCUGCUGGCAGGUGAGGUGACGUCGCGUGCUACAGUGGACUAUCAGAAGGUUGUUCGCGACACCAUCCGCCACAUUGGAUACGAUGACUCCUCCAAAGGUUUUGACUAUAAGACCUGCAACGUGCUGGUGGCCCUAGAGCAGCAAUCUCCAGACAUCGCCCAGGGUGUUCACAUUGACCGCAAUGAGGAGGACGUAGGGGCAGGGGACCAGGGCCUGAUGUUUGGCUAUGCCACUGAUGAGACUGAGGAGUGCAUGCCCCUCACCAUUAUGCUCGCCCACAAGCUCAACGCCAAGAUGGCUGAACUGCGUCGCAAUGGCACCCUGCCCUGGCUCCGGCCUGACUCCAAGACCCAGGUGACAGUUCAGUACCGCCAGGACCGUGGUGCCAUGUUGCCAGUGCGUGUCCACACCAUCGUGGUCUCCGUGCAGCAUGAUGAGCACAUCUGCCUGGACGAGAUGCGCGACGCUCUCAAGGAGAAGGUCGUAAAGGCUGUGGUGCCCUGUAUUUACCUGGAUGACGACACUAUUUACCACAUGCAGCCCAGUGGGCGCUUCGUCAUCGGAGGCCCACAGGGUGAUGCUGGCCUGACGGGCCGUAAGAUCAUUGUUGACACUUAUGGAGGCUGGGGGGCCCAUGGUGGAGGAGCCUUCUCAGGGAAGGACUACACUAAGGUGGACCGCUCUGCUGCCUACGCUGCCCGCUGGGUGGCCAAGUCUCUGGUGAAGGCGGAGCUGUGCAAGAGGGUCCUGGUCCAGGUUGCCUAUGCAAUCGGCGUGGCCCACCCACUCUCAAUCUCCAUUUUCCACUACGGCACAUCCCAGAAGAGUGAGAGGGAGCUGCUGGACAUCGUCAAGAAAAACUUUGACCUUCGUCCUGGUGUCAUUGUCAGGGAGCUGGAGCUGAAGAAGCCCAUGUAUCAGAGGACCGCUGCCUACGGCCACUUUGGCCGCGACUCAUUCCCAUGGGAGAUGCCCAAAAAGCUCAGAUACUAAACUUGUGAAGCUUUUUCCCCCCAGGCCUGUUGGUGUAUACUACAGAGAAGCUUACACGGUCUUGGGGGUGAAAGGCCCUUAACUCCCUUCCCUCUUAAUGGCAUAUUAGAACCCUACCCCUUCCACCGUCCCUCAAAAUACACCCCAACUCUCUUUCUACUUCCCCUCUCCAGUCAUCUGUACUGUAUUUUUGCUGUUGGUAGUAUUAACUUGACUACUAACUUUCUCAAAAAUAUUUCAGAAAAGUAAUGUUGAGAAGAUUAAUAAUAGGAGGGUGUUGGCUAGCUACCUAAUCUCUUCCACCAGCAGUCUCUCUCUGUCGACUCAUCUGGUUUCACCGCGCCUCAGAAAGGGACUUGAAUGGAGGCUAUGACAGGCGCGGACGAAACAACUUCUGAUUUUUAAUUGCCAAUCUCUGUCCCCCCCCCCCAUCUAGCGCAACCCUUAGAACCUCCCCCCUACAUUGUGGACUUAAAUGUGAGCAGUGCAAGUGAUUUUAACAAUUUAAGUUAGUAAAAUCUGAAAGUACGCGUUAGGGUUGGUCGACUACUACAAUAUUGAAGAUUGACGGCUAUAGUCGAUGGUGAUUUCGUGAUGUGACCGAUGUCUAGCCUAUUUCAACUUCACUGGCGCCACACCGUAAAGAGCUGACCGGGCAGCCCACAGCAGGACCAUGUCAAGUGGCCUAUUCCUUUGCUAUAGCCUGCAUAACUACUUUCAAUAAAUGUUAUAAGCAAUUUACAGAAUUCAAGAGCACAAUUUAGACAGGGCUAAGAAGAUGUUCUUGCUUGGCUACACAAACUCCUUGCUCUGGCCAAACGCUACGCCACACCCACAGACUUAGUUUGGAUCGGCGUACCUCCCCAGCGAUAUCUAGAACUCAUUCUAAUUGGUCCCAGAAACUGAUGGGUUGGUCCAGAGCCAGAACGCACCUGGGUAAAGCGUCUUUUUUUCAAAUUAAUCAUUUGCUUUGAUAUUCUGAUUGGUUAGGUAUGAUCCAAUCACUGACUUUGUUUUAUACAACACCCCCAUUUUGAGGUCACCACAAACGACUUCAACGAUGGCAUUCCAACUGAAGUAUGUAGCGAACAUAGCGCAGUAGAAGGUGAGUAAGGCAAAAGAUUUUCACCAAAGCGGCACAAAAUGUCCAGUCAAAUGUUUAUUUUGAUCUGUCAGUGUCAGCUCUGGGCCAUAUAGCGCCGCUUCUUUUUUUUUAUAGUGGAGCCUCCGGUGUGUCUAUUUUAAAAACCUAAUUUUAUAUUUGCUCUACAUUUCAUAUGACUUUUAUGCAUGCUGGCUUUCUCCCACCACACUACUUCAUGAUCAAUUAAUUUAUCUAACAGCGCUCUAGGCUGUCAUAAAGUUAGUGUUUUUGAAUUACCUAAACAUGAUGGACCUAAGGUAAUGAGGUAGAACAAACAAUAGAAAAAUCGAACAAGUAGUUUUUAACAAACCUUAGUUGCGCGAAGCUUGCCUUUGCAAACCAAAAGCCAAAUCCUACUAGUUAAAAUGGCCUAUCAAAAGCAUUAAGACAAGUUUAAAGUUAUGAAGAGUAUUUCCAAAAUAGGCUAUUCUAAUGGUGUUUAAUGUCGUAAAGUUGCAGCUUUCAAAUGGGAACAAUUGUGAAAGUCAGUCUAUAGAUGAUUCUCUAUCACAGCUUUAUUUUGAAUGACAAAUAUUACGGGGGGGGGGGCAUUGUAUAUCAAUGUUUUUUAUGGAUACUUGAUCAUGAUAAGACAAAGGUUGACAUUGCCCAACCCUAGUACGCAUCUUAGAAGUAGUUUUCACUUAUAAAAUGAUAUGCCCGAACUCUGAAUCAAUUGGUCUUCCCAAAAAUAUGGUCAAUGUAAUAUUUUAUUUUGAUCUAAAACAGCUGUAGCUGUAGCAGUCUCGCUCCCUUUACUGCGUCGACUUUUAAGCUGCGCCUCAUUCAAGUCCCUCUUUGUUGUACAGUGUUACUAGGCUCUUUAUACGGUAGCCUAGUCUUCCUGUCUUCCAUUUAUGUCUUUCACACUACAAAUCUACGUAUGGGUGGUCCUCUGUAGCUCAAUUGGUAGAGCAUGGCGCUUGUAACGCCAGGGUAGUGGGUUCGAUCCCCGGGACCACCCAUACGUAAAAAUUUAUGCACACAUGACUGUGUUAUUAACUCCUAGCCCCUGCCCAGCAUCACUGAGAAACUAAAUACUGCAGUUUGGUUAUCCGGGCUUAGCUGUCCUUAAACUUGAUCAGCUUUUGGAAUAUUUUGCUCCUGUUAAGUCUGACCUACCAAAGCUACAUGUUGAUAUCAUGUUAAUUUACUGGUGCUACUGAAUGAAGGAAGGGCCCCCUCCCUGCCCCUUAAUCUUUUCCCUUUAGUUUACACUUCUUUCUGUUAGUCCCCCAACCCCUAAUCCUUCUCCCUUUUUGAAGCUUUAUUUCACUCCCCUUAUCAUUUGUGGAGGAUGUAAGAACAGCACCGUUAAGGGUCAAUGGUUAUUGUGAUUUUCAAAGAAAUGCUAUGCAUUGCAGGCUGAGAAACAAGACCAAUCUUGAUUAUUUUCAAGUCACGUUCUUGAAUAUACUCAGUAAAAUCUGGGAUGCCCCUGCAGAUGUCUGUGCUGUUUUCUGACGUAAUACAGAAAAGUCAGAAGCUGCUAUGUCACUGCUAAGGCCUGUAGGGGUGUUGGUUAUACUUGAUUGUUUAAAACAUGUUGUCAUUGGAUUGUCUUUUUAAACUCCUUCAAAAGGUAGUUUAAUUUCCUUCUGGUUUUUUUUACAUUUUAUAAAAUGGUUUAAGGUCAAGGUUCUUCUUCGUUGGGUAUUGAUGGCAGGUGUAGCUACAGAGAAACCGCCAUCUUGAUCCUGAAGGAGGGCCGUCUUUGCCACAAUGAAGAGCUCUUACUAUUGGCAAACACUUUUUUUUUUUAUAUAUAUAUAUUUAUUUGUUCUCUGAAACUUGGCAUGGAUACAGAAGCAAAGGAUUCAGAAGGCAGCUUAAACCCCAGAGUUUUUAUUUUUGAUCUCACAUAUUGACUUUACUGAAUGCCAUAACUAGGUUACAUUUUCAGUGGUUCCGAAGUGUCAUACAGAAAAGCUUUGGUCUGCCUCCACGGAACUGUCACUGGCUGAUGUGAUGAGUAUUUUGGACUGCAGUUUUAUGGGGUGAGAUUGUAUUGACUAUACACCUCUGGUCAAUACAAUUAGACCAUUCUCUAACACCCCCCCCUUACUCAUCCUUGCAUGAAGAGACGUUUGGCUGGUGUGGUACAGAGAAACCAGCCUGGUUUACAAGCGGUCUCUUGUUUGUAUGGAUAGGGUUUCCCUUGGUGCUUUGUUUCUCCCUUUUUUUUGCCACUGAGGCUAGUCUUCUGGCUACUGUGAGUGUAAGAGUGCCUCCCCCUGUACUGAACCCCUUUCACCCCUCCUGCUCUUUAUCAACAUGGGUCCGACAUCCUGAGGAACAGGUAGCUUGUCAAUGCAUCAGUCUUCAGAGGUUCGAUACGGAUUUCUCAUGUCAAAGAUCUGCAAUAAAUGUCAACUUUCCUUCAUGAA